UUCCUAAAAUCUACUGCCAUUUAUUAUUAGCAUCAGUUUAUGCACCUGCCACCAUCUUUAAUUCCAAACAAUUUGGUGAGCCAUUUACUGAUUCAUACUUUAAGUCAUUCCUCCAAUGGAACUUAUAAAUUAAUGCCUGUUGGGCAAAUUCAGGAAACAGUUGAGAUCAAUUUCGUCUACAAUUAUCUAACCUUGCCCUUAAAACAAUUAUCAAUUUGAUAGCUCCAAAGAAAUUGAAUGUUAUUUGUACAUAAGCAAUAGUAACUUAUAUAACAAUACUCCUUAGCUUGUUCUUUUCUCCUUUAAUACUCAGAACGUCCAUCAAACUCUGCAAUAAACACAAGUUAUAGGAAACAUCUACCACCACCACUCCUAUUUCAUUCCACCUACUUCAUUCAUAAACCAUAAAACCAUAAUAUUCAUAGCUGCCACCACUACACAUCACUGAAGGAACACAAAGAAAGAUCAAUGAAUCAAUGGACUCUUCCAACUCACCUGAUCCCACACCAUCUUUUGACUUUAGAUCCACAACUCAGAACAGCAACUUCUUGAGAAGCAUCUCCACAAAAGAAAACCCUCUCACAAAGCUACUUCAAUCCCCUCCUCGCCUCUCAUGUCCUACGCUUUCGCGCAGCCUCCAAACCUCUCCGGUUUCCUCUCCUCUCCAUCAGAACUAUACUCCUUCUUCUUCCCCUACAAAGCUCUCUCACCAUUGUGACCCUCAAACCACAUACCACUGCGCCUCCUCUGUCCUCAGAAACGAUGGACAGAUCCUCUCCAUAGCCCUCUCCUCCAACGGCCUGGUCUACACAGGCUCCGAAUCCAACCUUGUCAGGCUGUGGAAGCUCCCUGAGUUCACCGAGUACGGCCAGCUGAGGACCAAGGCUUGCAGGGUGGUGGCUCUUGAGGUGUCCAACGACACGGUUUAUGCAGCUUAUGCUGAUGGCAAGAUUAGAGUAUGGAGAAGGACUUGGGAUAAGGUUUUGAAGCAUGUUCGUUUGGCUUCCAUACCUAAGACUGUUGGCUAUGUCCGCAGCUACAUCGCCGGCAAAGACAAGACAAUGAAGCAUAAGGGGCUAAUCACAUCAAUGGCGAUUAACACAGCAGAGGACAUUCUAUACACUGCUUCACUAGACAAAACAGUCAAAGUAUGGCGAAUCUCUGACUUGAAGUGCAUAGAGACAAUCAAAGCCCACCCGGAGCCAAUCAAUGCCAUCAUUGUAGCUGAUGAUGGAGUUCUCUACACUGCCUCCGACGAUGCCACGGUCCGAGUUUGGCGGCGCAACUUCUGCAGCCACGACCAGCCCCAUUCCCUGACAGUUACCUUGCACGCCAAGCAUUCUCCUGUAAAAGCCUUGACGCUUACCCCGGACGGCGCCAUCUUGUACGGCGGCUGCACUGACGGCUACAUACACUACUGGCUAAAGGGUUGGUUUGCAGGGCAAUUGCAAUAUGGUGGUUCAAUCCAAGGCCACACACAUGCAGUUAUGUGCUUGGCUAGUGUGGCUAAGUUCAUGGUUAGUGGCUCAGCUGAUUCAACAAGCAGGGUUUGGGCUAGGGAGCAAGAUGGCCAACACACUUGUUUAGCCGUUCUUGUUGGCCAUAGAGGUCCAAUUAGGUGUGUAACUGCUUUCAUUGGAGGAAGGUUGGUUGAUGAUAACAUUGAAGAUAGUUGCACUGUUUGCACUGGUAGCCUUGACGGUGUCUUGAAGCUUUGGCGUGUCACUCAUUCCAAGAAUCUCGAUACUAAUAAUACUAACAAUCAUAAUCACUGCUCUUCACAUUCUGCUGCUAAGUAUUUUGAACUCUAACAGAGACUUCAAUCAGCACUAAUCUAUUGUAACCACUUGUUUCCUUGGAGUUAUGGUAGUUUUAUUGACGAAUAAAUGACCAUUUGUACCCAUGAAAGAUGAAAACGCUGACAUAUGUACCCACGCUAAAUUGAAACUAAACUUGUACCCAUGCAAGAUGUCCUCCGUGUGAUAAAAGUACCAUGUCUUUGGAGGGUUGGAGUGCCACGUAAGAUACUUUUGUCACACGGAGGACAUCUUGCGUGGGUACAAGUUUAGUUUCGAUCUAGUGUGGGUACAUAUGUCAGUGUUUUCAUCUUUUAUGGAUACAAAUGGUCAUUUAUUCUUUUAUUGACAUUUGUAUCUUUGUUAAACUAAAUAGAAAGUAAUCAAGUUUAAUG